GACAACAAGGCUCGUCAAGCGGGAAUGGCAACCGCGGUGGACGUGUGGCGGAGAGUGGCAGUGACGUGGACUGCACGGGCGGAUGGAGGCGGUGCACCUGCGAAGAGGCGAACCAGGCCAUGGCCGCUCGAGGAACGCCUCAAUCUGGCGAGGUUCAUGAAGGAAGAUGAUGCAAUGAUGACAAUAGCGUCUGGUGGACUGAAGCACGCCAGACGGUCGGUGAGGAACGAGUGGGUGUCAAGGAAGAUGAGGGAGGCUGGGUGGAUACGGUCUGCGGAGGACUGCAGGAAGAAGCGGUCUGACCUCAUGGGCAAGAUGAAGGACAUCCUGCACAAGUGCAACGCACCAGGGAAGCCGUCGUAUUGGGACAUGAGCGUCGAAGACAGGAAGAAGGAGGGAAUCCCGACGAUGUUUGAGCAGCCGCUGUGGGAGGAGAUGGAGUGGGCGCACAGAAAGCCAUUUGUCAUCUGUGACAACACCAUGGCAUCAUCGAACUGCCAGGGUGCUGAAAGCGGUGUUUCCGAUAACCGCUUGGCAAUGGCUCUUCAGAAGGCGGGGGCCGGAGCAGUGCGACCACCGAAAAAGACGACCGCUUGCGUAAGAAACGGCGUGGGGCGACGGGAAAAGACCGUGUUGGUGACCGCCCGCCGGUGCUGACUGUGGAGAGGGCUUUGCUAGAUUCCCGCAUGGCGGUGAAUGAAGGGAUGGAGAAGGC